GCAUUGAAGAUAGGUCCGUAAGGUGGUGACAUGGCCCCCUAGGGUGAUCAUGUUACCCACAGGGGACGGGAAAGGAUAGAAUGGGCCCCCUGCAAGAGCCCCUGCCUUCACAAAAGGUUACCAGAAGCUUACGGGAGCUGGGCUAGAAGUACAACAGAGCUCUCCAUGAAGAAAGAAACCACAGCUUUUUGUGCGUCAUCGUCCCCAGCACCUGGAACAGCAUUUGGUACCUUCUCCUGCUCCCUAGUGACCCCAGAGAAGGCGAGCUCCAGUCCUUGACCUCAUCAUGUGGAAGGGAGCAGGUGGAAGCUAUGGAGAAGUACACAGCUGUGUCUACACGUGAUCCCUCUAGCAUCAAGCCAAAGUCACCUCCAGACACAUGCCCCAGUGCCUCAGUCUCUAUGCAAAACCUGGAGGGUGGAGACCUACUCCAGUCCUGAGAGGAAGCUGGCUUUUCAGGGGACCAGCUGAGGACUGGAGUUUGAACCACACAUCUGGCUUCAAGGCCUUGCCUUUACCCUUUCUUCAUUCAUACUCAUGCCCAACACCUUAUAGAAGACUGUUUUAUUUAUUUCUAGAAAAAUAGCAUUGGUUCCAUCACUGAAGCCUCCUCAACUGUGGACAUUUUCUUUUGGCUCUCUUGGGAGGCUGGAGCCCUGUGGUUGGCAUCAUUGACACAUCAGGGAGCUGGAAGAGAAACAGCCAGGGGCCGUGGUCAGGGGAAGGAGCUGUAGGGCCCCAGAAUGGCGCCCAAUGGCACGACCCCUUCCUUUUGCCUGGACUCCCCCGCAUUCAGAGUCACCAUCGGCGUGGUCCUCACAGUCCUCAUCCUCAUCACCAUCGCCGGGAACGUGGUGGUCUGCCUGGCCGUGGGCUUCAACCACCAGCUCCGCAGUCUGACCAAUUGCUUCAUCAUGUCCUUGGCUGUCACCGACCUGCUCCUCGGCCUCCUGGUGCUGCCCUUCUCUGCCAUCUACCAGCUGUCCUGCAAGUGGGACUUUGGCAAGGUCUUAUGCAAUAUCUACACCAGCAUGGAUGUGAUGCUGUCCACAGCCUCCAUCCUCAACCUCUUCACGAUCAGCCUUGUCCGGUACUGCGCCGUCACCGACCCGCUGCGGUACCCUGUGCUGGUCACCCCAGUUCGGGUUGCCAUCUGUCUGGUCUUCAUUUGGGCCAUCUCCAUCACCCUGUCUUUUCUGUCUAUCCACCUGGGGUGGAACAGCAGGAAUGAGACCAGCAAGGACAAUCACAACACCCCCAAAUGCAAAGUCCAGGUCAAUGAAGUAUACGGGUUGGUGGAUGGACUGGUCACCUUCUACCUGCCUCUGCUGAUCAUGUGCAUCACCUACUACCGCAUCUUCAAGAUCGCCCGGGAUCAGGCCAAGAGGAUCAAUCACAUGGGCUCCUGGCAUGCAACCACCAUCAGGGACCACAAAGCUACAGUGACACUGGCCGCUGUGAUGGGGGCCUUUAUCAUUUGCUGGUUUCCCUACUUCACCACAUUUGUGUACCGCGGGCUGAAAGGGGAUGAUGCAGUCAAUGAGGUGUUCGAAGCCAUCGUUCUGUGGCUGGGCUAUGCCAACUCAGCCCUGAACCCCAUCCUGUAUGCUGCCCUGAACAGAGACUUCCGCACUGCAUACCAGCAGCUCUUCUGCUGCAGGCUCGCCAGCUACAACUCCCACAAAAGUUCUCUAAGGAACAACAGUUCUCAGCUGUCCAGGAGCCAACGCCAAGAACCCAGCCAGCAGGAAGAGAAACCCCUGAAGCUCCAGGUGUGGAGUGAGACAGAAGUCAUGGCACAGCAGGGAGCCACCGACAGGAAGCCAGCACUGUCCUGCACCAUGUGCUCCAGCAAUCUCCUGAGCUGCUGCAAGAGCCUGUGGGGGCUUAGGUUCCUCCAAAGACACAUGGGAGGCCCCUUGAAGAAGCAAUUGGAGGAGCCACUGUCUGAGGAGCCACUGAGGACACCACCCCAGGAAGUAGUGAGGACACUGCCCUCCGAGACUGUCUAGACACAGCCCCAGGACACUGAAGAUACUGCUCCUGCUCACUGAGAUUUGACUCCUGGAGCCACGAAGGACCCAGCCCCCAAAGCCACCGAGGAUGCACCCUAGACUGAGUCUGGCGGUUCCUAAAGCACACGGCAGGCACUGGGGUAUUCUGGCCUAGCAUGCUGAGCAUUCCCAGACGGGUACUCAGGACUCCUCUGGGGCCAGCUGUGCUGAAUCCCAUGGGUUCAAAGCUCACACUGGUGCUGCUGGCCCUAUGAAGAGAAACAGCAGGAAAUACAGGGAUGUGUGCACAUGUGUGUGCAUAGAUGUGUACCUGUAGGAACAUAUGUGUUGUCUGAGCAAGGCAGAGGGUAUUGCUAUAAAGCAUUGGCCUCUCACUCCCUCAUGGGUUCUGCAAGAGGAAGGAAAGGAAGGAAAUUAGCCUUUAACAAAUACCCACUGUGUGCCAGAUACUUCACCUGUGUGAGCUCUCAUAAUCCUUAUACCAACAUGAGCUUAUGGUAGAGAUCACCACCCCAACUUUACAGAGAUGGAAACCGAGGCUUAGAAAAAUAUGAGGCCUGCCCAAGACACUCAGCUAGAAAGUGUGCCUGGCACGUAGAAGGCGCUCAGAAAAUAUUUGUUGGAUGGAUGGAUGGAUGGGAGAUUGCAUGAAAGUCAGGCCUCAGCCCGUGCUCUUGACUCUACACUACUGCGUCUCAGGAGAGAGGUCAGGCAUUUCUUUGACUCAGCCUACCCUCCUCCUGGCAAGGCUUAUACCCCAGAGGCUGGGGAUUCCUCCAAGCUACCAUAUGACUCUCUCUGGUGCUUGUCAUCAACUAGAAGUGGUGUGCAGAGGACUUGCCAGGAAGCAUGCCCGUUGACCAGGCGCAAGGGAGGGAGAGCCGGAGGUGGAGGAAAUGUAGAUGGUGAAAGGGGGAGUUGGCCCAGCAGCGCCGUCUGCUGGCUGUGUGAGCCGGGGCACAUCACCAGACCCUCUAAGCAGCUUUUCACUCCUCUGUCCAAGGGAGUAAGCUAUCCUUUCCUAUUUACAGGAUUGUUGAAGAGACCCCAGGAGAUGAGGGUGUCAAUAGACUUCCACCCCCAGGGCUUCUCAGUGGCAUCCCUCCUCGCUGACCACUGCCCCUCCUGACACCUGCUCUGCCUCAGUUUCCAAGACCCCUCUUGGUUUUCCACCUCCCUGUCCACCCACGUCUUUUCAGUCUCUUUUGCAACUCAUCAUCCUCUACCUGGACAUUAAAGGUGGCCAUUCCCCACGGCUCAGUCCUGAGUCUUCUUUCUCUUCUCACUUCAACGUCUCUUCCUCUGUGACUCCACCUAUCUACACCCGUGACUUCAGUUGCAAGGCACGAGAUGAUUGUUCACAGAUUUACAACUGCAGCCAGGCUUCUUAGGGAGGCUUCAGACCUACCGCUGCCCCCACAACACCUCCACCUGGAUGUUUCAAAGGCUCCUCACUUUUAGCCUGUCCACACCUACACUCUUGACCUCUCCCUGCACCUGCACCUCUCCCAGAGUCCCUCUUCUCAGAAAAAAAGCCCCACCGUGGGCUUCAAAGGCUGAGGGUCAACCUUGGCACCUCCUUUCACCUCAGUCCUCGUGGUCAGCCCUCUCAAGUCCUAGCUCCCACGUGGAUCCGCCAUCCUCUUCAUUCUCUCUGCCUUGUCAUCCCUCAAUCCGACCACCAUCGUCUCCACCAGGACAAUUGGAACAGCUUCUGACACCUCUUCUCUGCAUUGGCUGCCCCCCUUCCUCCAGUCCACUCUCCACCCAACAGCCAAAGUGAACUGUGCAAAAUGCAGACCUGACCACUUCACACACAUGGUAAAACCAUCUCAGCAUGGCCCUCAGACCCUGCGUGGUCAGCCCUACAUGUCCCUCAGCCUCCUCCUGCACAUGCUCCCCUUCAUCACUUCACUCCAGCCCUACUGGCCUCUUCCUUUGUGGUUAUUUAACUCACUUUGCUCCUUCCAGCUGCCAGGAUGGGCACGGUGCUGUUUCCAUGUCUCAGAAUGCUCUUCAGGCCUUUUGGGCCACGUAGGUCCAUGAGAUCUCAGCUAAAAUGUCGCUUCCUUGAGGAAGUCGUCCUUGACCCUCCAUACGAGGUCAGGCCCCCUGCAGCACACCCUCAGCACUUUCCUUGGAAGCCACUGACAAGGCUAUAACGCUACAUGAUCAUUUGUGUGAUUCCUUGAACCUUGUCUGUCUCCUCUACUCAUGAGGCCAUGGGUCCUGCCUGUUUUUGUUGACCAAAGUCUAUCCCCUAGAAGAGUGUUUAGCACAUAGAAGGAGCUCAAUAAAUAUUUGUUGGAUGAAUGAGCAGAGAAAAUAUAGAGCACAGAGAGUGGGCAAAGCAGAUACUUUCAGCAGUUUAUCUGCCAAUGAAACUGAAGAUAUGAUUUGCCCAUAUCACCCCUAGAGAUGCUUAGUCUUUUGGCUGAAUUCCUUCUGGAAGCCCCAGAAUCCCUUCCUCAGAAGUUUUCCUAGGAGUCUGAGGCAGGUGGGUCUCUAAGUCAUGGCCAAGGAGCUGGAGGCAUAAGACCUUGAGUGCAAAUAAACUGGUCCAGCUGAUCACAGACUCGGCAGCACAGGGCUCCCACCCAAGGUGCCCAGCGCCACCUGCCACUGCAGAGGACUCCUUCAGGUCUGUGGCUGGCCGCCCCUAUCCUUCUGGAGGUGUCCUGGAGCAUGCGCUGGUAGCAGAAGUGGGGUGCAUGCUUCCUGGAGGAGGAACAUCUGUGGUGGGACCCUGCACCCAUGUUCUGUGUUACCACUGUGUUCCAAUAAAACCAUUGAAACAGA